CUACUGUCUGCUGUUCCCUCCUUCCCACAGGGGUUCUCUCCCCUCUCCCAUCUCAAGAUGGCAGCCAGCAGCUCUGAGAUGAAGGGGGUCGAGGAUUGUCCGGAGACCCAGGGAGAAGGGCCUGGCCAUUCUGAAGCUGGAACUGGCCCUCUCCAGGCCCUAGCAGAGGUCCCAGACCAGCCAGAGGCCCCACAGCCAGGCCCAGACACCACUGCAGCCCCUGUGGACUCAGGGCCUGAUGCUGGGCUGGCUCCAGAAACUACAGACACCCCAGCUGGGGCCCCAGAAACAGCUCAGGCCACAGACCUUAGCUUAAGCCCAGGAGGGGACUCAAAAGCCAACUCCAUCCCUGAAGAGGCAUGCAAAGAGCCAGCAUCCAAACCAGAAAUGAACAAAGAAGCCACUGCAGACCAGGGGUCUGAGCAGGAGUCUGGAGCCCCUCCCAAGCCAGCCUCAGAGCCUGCUUCCCAGCUAGACUCCCAGUCAGACCCUCAGCCAGCUUCCCAGCCCACCCCCAAACCAGCCCUUCAAAUAGAGCCCCCUACCCAGGAGGACCCCACCCCUGAGGUCCUGACAGAAAGUGUAGGGGAAAAGCAAGAGAAUGGGGCAGUGAUCCCUUUACAGGCUGGGGAUGGGGAAGAGGGCCCAGCACCCCAGCCUCACUCCUCACCCUCAACAAAAACGCCCCCAGCCAAUGGGGCUCCCCCCCGUGUGCUGCAGCAGCUGGUUGAGGAGGACAGAAUAGGAAGGGCCCAUAGUGGGCAUCCAGGAUCUCCCCGAGGUAGCCUAAGCCGCCACCCCAGCUCCCAGUUGGCAGGUCCUGGGGUGGAGGGAGGUGAAGGCACCCAGAAACCUCGUGACUACAUCAUCCUUGCCAUCCUGUCCUGCUUCUGCCCCAUGUGGCCUGUCAACAUCGUGGCCUUCGCUUAUGCCGUCAUGUCCCGGAACAGUCUGCAGCAGGGGGACGUGGAUGGGGCCCAGCGUCUGGGCCGUGUGGCCAAGCUCUUAAGCAUCGUGGCGCUGGUGGGGGGGGUCCUCAUCAUCAUCGCCUCCUGCGUCAUCAACUUGGGCGGUGAGUGGGGGUCAGGGACACGCAGGGGAGGAGUGGAAGGGUUGGCAAGGGCAGCUUUACUAACCCCUGCCCCUGCUCUCUCCUGUCUGUCCUCCCUACUUCUCCUUUGUCUCUCCUUGUCUCCCCUUUCUCCCUGACCCUGUCUCUGUCUCUCCCUCCCUCUCCUCUCCCACAGUGUAUAAGUGAGGGGCUCUGCCCUGCAUUCCAAGACUUUUCUUCCUGUUGGGAGCUGCCUUGGGCCCAUCCCUCCCUUGGGGGGAGCCCAAUUGAUGGCCCUGGCCCCCAUCCCUAGGGACCAAGGGAGCCUGAGCGGCCUUGUUUACAGCUUCUCUCCUGUUCCUGCAUCCUGCCAGGCUCCUCUGCCAACCGUAGGCCUCCCUCUUCCCUGCACUGUUUCCAACCUCCCUGCACUUCUGCCUGUGGAUAGCCCCUCCAGCCUCUUGGCCUCCCUAACCCUGCACUUCUGGAAACCUUCCUACUUCUGGAAGCCUCCCUGAACAUCUCCCAAACUCUCUGAGCUCUCAGCUUCCCUGCAUCUCUCCCCACCUCCCUGCACUUCUCCCAGCCUUCUGAAUUCUCUGAACCUCAUCCUCGUCUUCCUUCUCCUGACUUUCAUUGUCUUGGCAUCUAACCCCAUUCCUUUUCUCCAUUCCUUUAUCAUCUUCCCUCCCCUUUUUACAUCACCCACCCCCUUCCUCUUUCUGCCUCCUCAUCUUCCCUUAGCAUCCUUUCCUCCACCCUCCUGCCAUCAUUUAUUCUGCAAGAGCUCCAGCACUUAGAUCAGGCUGGGGGAAAGGGAGCAGUAUUGGGAGGGGGCUACCUAGCCUGGGGCUCCGACUGUUCUCUGCUGGGACCACCCAGGCUCAGACCACCCCCUCACCGGGCGCCUUUUGGGUCGCAGAGCUGCAAGCCAGGCCCCAUCUGGGGACUUGUGCAAUGGUGGAAGCAAUUCUGAACACAGGGAAGUAGGGAGAGGCGCGGCGGUAGAG